ACACAGCGUCCUUUCCCUUUUUCGCCCUUUGCUGCAGAAAUGAAAAUGCAGUCAUUCCCUCUCUCCCUCCGUCCUCAUCACCAUCGCCAUCAUCUCAUCAAUUAACACCAUCUUCUUACAGUCCCCAGCAUUCCGUAAAAAAUUGGAAAAGGUUAAAAGGAGUCGAUACUGAGAAGGUAAAUAAUUAAGAGGAGGAGCAAUUAAAAGAAGAAAAAUCUCCGUCUAUAUCUCUCCCCGCGUAAUCAUUGAAGAUGCCGAUGCUUCCCUCUUACUCCCUUGGUCUGCAAGUCUGGGACCCCAGCCCUCCUACCGCCACCGGAAACACCACCACCGCCACCAUUUCCACCGCCAUCAUCAUCCCGGAGGGGGACCUCUCUCCCCCACUCAUAUAUAUGGCAGCCACCAGAACUUCACUCUGGGCCUCUGCCUCAUUUCCUUUCCACCUCUGAAACUUUUAAUGUCUAAUUGACCAACAGCAGAGAGAGGGAGUAUCUAUCAAGAAGAAAGGAGACGACCCACCAAGAAGAAGAAGAAGAAGAAGAAGGAAGAGGUAUACAACCCCAGAUGCCUCCCUUUCUCCGUCUGCAUUUCCUCCUUCUCUUCCUUCUCUGCGCCACCGCCACCACCACCCUCAGCCUGACGCCCGAUGGCCUCUCCCUGUUGUCCCUCAAGGCGGCCUUCACCUCCCCCUCUGUUCCCGACCCCUUACCCGACUGGAAUGACUCCGACGCCGACCCAUGCCGCUGGUCCGGAGUCUCAUGCGCAGUCUUCUCGUCUAAUACACCACGCGUCGUCGCUGUAUCCGUCCCCUUGCGCAACCUCUCCGGCUACCUACCCUCCGAGCUCGGUGCGCUCCUCUACCUCCGUCGCCUCAACCUCCAUGGCAACCGCCUUACGGGUCCAAUUCCCCCUGCCCUCCUAAACGCCACUGCUCUCCACAGUCUCUUCCUCGCAGGGAACCUCCUCUCCGGCUCUAUUCCCGCCGGAAUAUGCCUCCGGCUUCCCCGCCUCCAGAACCUUGAUCUCUCUUUUAAUUCCCUCUCUGGCCCCUUACCACCGGAUCUCCCGUCGUGCAGCCAGCUACAGCGCCUUCUCCUCGCUGGAAAUCGUCUCUCCGGUCCGCUCCCCACCGGAAUCGGCUCCCUGAAGUCGCUCGUCCAGUUCGACCUCUCUUCUAACUCCCUCAACGGCUCCCUGCCUCCAGGCAUUGGCAACCUGUCCGCCCUCACCGGGACUCUCAACCUCUCCUUCAACGCCUUCUCCGGCCACAUUCCGCCAUCCCUGGGCCGCCUCCCCAUUAGCGUCAGUCUCGACUUGCGCAGCAACCAACUCACCGGGCCUAUCCCGCUUGAUGGAUCCCUAUCCAACCAGGGUCCAACUUCAUUCCUCGGCAACCCCACGCUGUGCGGUUUCCCCCUCCGUCGAGCCUGCAAAAAUCCUGCAAUCGCGUCGCCGACCGGUGGUCGGGUUCCGGAGAACAGGGGGAAGGGGAAGGGUCUGAACUCAGCUGCGGUCAUCGGCAUAUCAGUAGGCGAUGCGGUCGCCGUGGCGGCAAUCGGCGUGCUGGUGGCGGUCCUAUACUGGAGGAAGAAAGAAGGAAGGAGGAGGUGCAGCUGCAAGGGGAAGGAUAGGCUGGGGAAGAAGGGAUGGUGCUGCAUUCUCUCCGGUGAGGCCGCCGAGAAGGGAGACGCUUGCGGCGGCGGCGUUGGCAACGACGAAAAUGGUGGCGGUGGCGGUGGCGGUGGCGGGGAAGGGGAAUUGGUGGCGGUAGACGAAGGAUUCGAAUUCGAACUGGACGAGCUGCUUAGGGCCUCCGCCUACGUUCUGGGCAAGGGAGGGAUGGGCAUCGUCUACAAGGUGGUGCUGAGCAACGGCAUGCCGGUGGUAGUCCGACGGCUCGGCGGCGAGGGAGCGACGCAACGCCGUCGGGAAUUCGCUUCGGAGGUGAAGGCCAUCAGCCGAGUCCGGCACCGGAACAUCGUGCGCGUGCGGGCUUACUACUGGGCGCCGGAAGAGAAGCUCAUCGUCUCCGACUUCAUAUCCAACGGGAACCUGGCCGCCGCUCUCCACGGUGGAAGAUCCGGCCACUCGUCGGCGAACUUGCCGUGGUCCGUGAGGCUCAAGAUUGCGAAGGGAACCGCUAGCGGUCUGGCUCAUAUCCAUGAAUGCAGCCCGAGAAAGUAUAUCCAUGGUGACAUCAAGCCAUCAAACAUUCUCCUGGACUCCAAUUUCAAUCCUUGCAUCUCAGACUUCGGACUCAGUCGCCUGAUCGCCCUUGCUGGAUCCGAAGCAAGUUCUGGAUCUGCUACCGGUCUCAUCGGUUCUGCCCUUCCCAUAACGAGGCCGGCCCGGGCAAUGGACCCGGUCAAGAACUCCAAGUCCUUUUCUAACUGCUACCGGGCACCGGACGCUCAGAUCCACGGGUCCAAACCGACCCAAAAAUGGGACGCGUUCUCCUUCGGAGUCGUGUUGCUGGAGCUGGUAACGGGGCGGUCCCCGGUAUCUCUACUCGCUACUCUGGAUAUGGAUCUGGUGGAUUGGGUUAGGAAGGCGUUCAACGAGGAGGUGCCCUUGACCGAGAUCCUGGACCCGGUUCUGCUACCGGAGGUCCACGCCAAGAAAGAGAUCAUGUCCGUUUUCCAUAUCGGACUCGCUUGCACAAAUCCAGAUCCGGAAGCACGACCCAAGAUGAAGACCGUGGUGGAGUCGCUUGACAAGAUUGAUACUUCGCCUCCUCCAAAAUAAAGAUGAAACCAGAAAGAUUCAUUUAUUUUUGGGCUUUGAAUCGUGAUUUUGAAGGGAUAGCUCACGACCUUGCCAUGCGUUUGGCUUCUUGAUGUCAACAGUGACCAGGUUCAUGAAGUUCGUGUAUUUCGGAUGCUAUCUCAUGUAAAGCUCCAUGGAGUUCGUGAUCUUGGUCUGGUUUUGCUGAAGCCAAACAGGGGUUGAAGAGGGCAGGGCACCAGCGGCGUGGACCCGGCAAGAAGGUCAGGUUGAGUUAGGAAUCCACCGAUUUAAGCUGUGUCGGACGAUCUACACAUAUGCACAGAAAAAACAAUUUUUGUUUCUUUCCUUCUAAUGUCUCAUUUUAUUUUAUUAAAGCCACUAUGUCGAUUACUGGCGUACAUGUAUUA